AUGUCAACUUCUUGUGCCACGGGCAAGGACAGACUGUCCAAGAACUUUGCUGCUAAUAGAAUUGUUUCUUCUGGUACUCCAGUUAUGACCCCUUCUGUAGUUGCUGAAUCCUCUCAAGGCUUGCAGCAAUUACCAUUUAAACCAGACAACUAUUGGGCAUGGCGAGGAUACAAAAUUCAUUAUGUGGAGGAAGGAGAAGGGUUUCCAAUUGUUCUGAUUCAUGGAUUUGCUUCUUCCUCUUUUCAUUGGAGUAUACGUUAUACUAAUGAUCUUGUAUUAUUUUACAGUCUUGGAGGGUUUACUACUUUGUUAGCAGCAGCAGCACUGCUAGAUCAAGUCAAGGGAGUUUCCUUAUUAAAUAGUGCAGGACGAUUUGGGGAUGACAUUAGUACAACUGAUAAAACUGAAGAGACAGCCUUGCAUAAGUUCAUUGUAAUGCCAGUGGAAGAAAAUUUUCAGCGUGUUGUUGUCAGAUUGGCGUUCUGGCUAACCAUGCGACCAGACCAUAUUGAAGCUCAGCUGAAGAGUUGUGUCUAUAAAAACCAUUCAAAUGUGGAUGAAGACCUCAUCAAUUCAAUUGUUAGGCCUGCAGCCGACCCAUAUGCAUGGGAAGUUUAUUACCGACUGGUAAAACAACUCAUGUCAAACCCAACAAAGUAUACACUUGACAGUGUGUUGAGCCAACUCUCUUGCCCAUUGUUGUUGUUGUGGGGUGACCUAGACCCUUUGGUACUUCCUGAUCAUGAUCGUACAAAGGCAAAUAGAAUUAAGGAUUUCUACCCGAACACAUCCCUUGUAAACUUGCAGGCAGGGCAUUACCCCCAGGAUGAAGUCCCAGAACAAGUGAAUAAAGCUUUAUUAGAUUGGUUGUCAGCCUUGGAUAUAUCAGCACAUUCUCUGGAAGGAGCAUCAGAAAUUUAGCCUCGUUGCUAAGAAAUGCAAUGAGCUUUGUUUUUAUUGUGUACAGCUCUCCAAUAUGAAAUUUUAGUGAUCCUACGAGAUCAGAUAAUUAAAA